AUGCAGUACCCCUCCCAAAACGAGCGUCUCGCAUCGCGAAGACGAAGUUUCGACAGCAGCAUCAGCAGACCAACCAUCGUUCCUCCCCCGAGAAUUCGCUCGAAUUCCCUCUCUUCCCCCUCUCCCUCUCCCUUCCCCUUCCCCACCCAAGCCAGACGUUCCCGCCUCAGCGCCCAUCAGCGCAACAUCAACUCGAACGAAUAUCAAAGACAACGACUCCUCGACUUCCGCACUCAGACAGGCCUCACCGAGUCCCAAUCGCAGAGACGACGAAACGAGGAGCUCCAGGCCGUCCGUGCUCGGAGACGACGAAACGAGGCACUCGACGCUCAAACUCAGAACGACCAGGCGGUUCAGAUCCAGGUGAUGCAGGCGGAGGCGGAGAGGCUGCUCGUGGAGAUCGAGGAGAAGAAGAAGAAGUUGCAGGAGUUGAAGGAUCGGGUGGAGGCGGAGAAGAACGAGAAGAAGAGGAAGACUUCGGAGUAG